AUGGCUUCCUCAUCUAUUCAUAGCCUACUUCUCUUUUGCUCCCUUCUACUCUCGAUCCGCAUGAUCCUCUCAUCACAAGCCAAACCAUCACCACUCAAACCCAAAGCCCUAGUUCUUCCCAUAGCCAAAGACGCUUCUACCCUCCAAUACAUCACCACCAUCAAGCAAAGAACCCCACCGGUAACCUUAAAGCUAACCGUUGACCUCGGUGGUCAAUUCCUCUGGGUUGACUGCAACGAAGGCGAGUACAUCUCGUCCACCUACAAGCCUGCCUACUGCAACGCAACACAAUGCUCCAUUGCAAACUCCAAAGAAUGCAACUGGGAAUGCUUCUUCCCCAAAAGGCCAGGCUGCAACAACCGCACCUGCAUCCUCUUCCCAGACAACACCGUGAUUGGCUAUGCCGACAACAACGGCGAGGUUGGUCAGGAUAUCCUGUGGGGCCUACAUUCCACAGAUGGGUCCCACUCCGGCCCAAAGGUCUCUAACAUUCCAAACUUCAUCUUCGCUUGUAGUAGCAAUACAUUUUACGGUGUCCUUGGCCUUGCCAAUGGUGUCAAGGGCAUGGCUGGUCUAGGCAGAACCAGAAUCGCUCUCCCCACCCAGUUUGCCUCCGCUUAUAAACUCCCUAGAAAAUUCGCCAUUUGCUUGCCUUCUUCGGCUAGAUCAUACGGUGUUGUUUUCUUCGGGGAUGGGCCGUAUGUUCUGACUCCCAAGAUUGAUGUGUAUAAGUCGUUGACUUUCACCAAGUUGAUCCUCAACCCUGUCAGCACAGGCUAUGUUUUUGAUCCGGAUGAGCCCUCUGCCGAAUAUUUCAUAAAUGUGAAGUCAAUCCAAGUCAACGAAAAAAUGGUGUCACUAAAUACUUCUCUGCUAAUGAUUGAUCAAAAUGGUUAUGGUGGCACAAAAAUCAGCACCGUCAAUCCUUACACCGUCUUGGAGAGCACAAUCUACAAAGCCUUUGUUGAUGCGUUUGUGAAAGAAAUGCCUGGUCAUAUUAAGAGAGUGGCUUCUGUAGAGCCUUUUGGAGCUUGCUUUGACUCAACCCACAUUGGAAUUACACGUGUGGGCCCGGCUGUUCCUAGCAUUGACUUUGUGUUGCAAAGUGAGGGUGUGUACUGGAGGGUGUCUGGAGCAAAUUCCAUGGUGCAAGUGAGCAAGGAUGUGUUGUGUUUGGGGUUUGUGGCUGCUGAGCAAAGGCAACGCUACUCAUUUGAGAGCCCAACGACGUCGAUUGUGAUCGGAGGGCAUCAGUUGGAGGACAAUCUUCUUCAGUUUGAUCUGGCUAACAAGAGGCUUGGGUUCAGCUCAUCACUUUUGUCUCGGGAGACAAGUUGUGCUAACUUCAACUUCACAUCUACUGCUGUGAUUUAA